AUGGAAUCCUUCUACCCCGAGGAAGAAUGGUUGAGAAUAUAUACUGACGGUUCUAAAAUGAGUGAUUGUGUUUACUGUGAACUUUUCUGCCUGUAUACUCUCAUCGGCAUUUAUAGAUCGGCUUUCGAUGGCGAGAUUGCGGCCAUUUACCAGGCCCUGUCACAACUUCGGCCGCUUUUAGACUCCUUCUCAAAAGUUGUAAUAUUAUCUGACUCAAAGGCUGCACUUGAAGCAAUACUUGCUCCAAGUCGCUCUCGAACUUUGACCAUCGAUAAUUGCUCAAAUCUUCUCAAGUGGUUUGCCAGUAAUAAUAAGAUAGUGGUUCUCCAGUGGAUUACGGCCCACUGUGGAAAUCAGCGAAACGAGGCUGCCGAUCUCUUGGCAAAAAAGGGAGCCUCUGUCCUACAGAGAUCUAAUUCCAGACUCCCUUUCUAUAAUAUCGAAAGUCUCGUAAAGAACAUCUUCAGGGCCUCUUUUCACGAGCAACUCAAAAAUCGUAAUUCCAAUAUACCAGAUUCUCAAUGUCCCUCAGUGGCCUAG